AUGGAGGAGGGAAGACGUCCUGCAGACCGGGAGCCUGGACAGAGCCCGCCGCCCGUGCUGCGGGGCGCGGAGCCGAGCUCGGAGCCCGCGGAGCCCGCCAGCGACUCUUCCACAGAUUACAUCAUUGUGACUAUUGAGGAUAGUGAUGACGAUAUCACUGAGGAUGAGGAUGAGGAAGUUAUAGUAAUAGAAGAAACUGAAGAAGAUUCUGCUUCUGAAGUUGAAGAUUUUAUGCCUAUACAACCAGCUUCUCAAGUGGUAGAUAUUGAACCCAGAGCCAUGCCCGAAUUUGAAAGAUACGAAGUGAUAGGUAACCAGCUAGUUCCAAUAAGGGACGCAACAGAUAUACCAAGAAAUGACACCAUUUUGGAGGAAGGGACAUAUAUCCCAUUGCAGAAGAGACAGCGACUCUCUAAUUCAGGGGAGAAUACUCAGGGAAAUAGUUACUUCUUGAUACCAGUGGAAAUACGGAACAGAACUGACAAUGGAAACACUGUGAGAGCAUCUGUUCUGCUAGAUAGGCUGAUCCUCAUGGAAAACCCAGAAACUCCCCGAAUAAUCUCCACACGCUCACUGGCGCAGCAGUGGGGAUCAGAUGCAUCAGAAGUCACCCCUAGGACUAUGAAUUGCAGUACUUUGCUGAUAAAUCGCAGUGAACAACCUUCAUCAUCUGGCAGUGUCCCACCAAAUUGUGUUGAAAAAUUCAUACUGGUUGAAAUGCCAGAAAUUUCAGAAAACACACUGGAAGAAAGCCUUAAGACAAUUAAUUCUUCAACAUUAGUGGGAAAUGAUGGUGGCGAAUCCUCAUCUGGUGGGAUCCCACCCAAUUUUGAUGCUGAAAAAUUAAUACUUAUUGAAGUGCCAGGAAACAGAGAAAGCAGCCUGGAAAAUGAUUCUGAGAAAAUGUAUUAUCCAGCUUUAUUGGGAAAUAUCAAUAACCCCAACGCUGACACUUCAUCUGUCCCCAUUCCGCCCAAUUGUGCAUUAGAAAAAGUUAUACUUGUAGAUGAGCCUACAAAUGUAGAGCCCAGUGUGCAAGAGAAUUCCCAGCCUCCGAGUCAGCCAACUGCUUCGAGUACCCUGAAGCCUACCUGCUAUAUCUCGGUCAUGCCCAAUUUGGAGGUGGUGGUCAAAACAGAAAACGGCGUGCAGAAGAACACUCAGGUGGUGAAUUGCCCAUUUUUCUUGGAAAAUAGGAGUGGUCAAGAUAUUUCGUGCUUUUUCUUGCCUGCCAAUUUUGAGUUGAAACCAGAAACAAGUCAGUCAACUUUAAGGAAAACUAAUGGUGCCCCAGAUGAUAAUUCAGAGUCUUUGGUCUCCACUGAGGGUGUUGAAAUAAUAAAAACAGAAGAUGAGGAAAACCUCGCUGGGACAUCGAAACAGCCAACUACACCGGGAGAUGACAGUGAUCAAGGUUGUGCCUUAUCAUCUUACAGUACUACCUCCUUUUUGGCUUAUCUUGGUGAUCCAAGAAGAAAUGUCAGGAUACUUAGUCAUCAUUUGACAAUUGCACAACAGAAGAGCAGUCCUGAGCAUGCAAUCUGCUACCUGGUUGGCAUUGUGUUCUCAAACGAAAUCAUGGCUUACAGUUCAUCAGAAACCAAAAAUAACCAACCCCUGGAUUCAAACAAAGUGGCUGCAAUCAGAGAAUAUGUGGCAACUGUCUUUCCCAACUAUGACUUGUGUGAAGGUGGAAAACACUGGGAAAACUGCUUUUCUGAUAUUAGAUCUCUGGUGACCUGUAUUUGUUCUGAAGCCAAAGCAUUAACCCAUCCUGAUGACAACAGUCAAGACCUUCUUACACCCCUAUCUGCAGCAAUGAGGGAAAUAGAUGGUCCUGGUGAAAGCAGUUCCCAGAUGUUUCAGCCAGCACUUGCCUCACAAAGAAAGAGAAAAAUUCCUCAGUACACAGCUGUUGUCAUUGGAGAAACAAGUGGAAAUUCCAAUGGUGGUUCAGUGGCAUUGUCUGAAAUGUUCGGUUAUUUUGGAAAUCCAUGUAGAAACAUACUGCUGUCGAUUGAAGUUAUGACUGUAGCAAAAAACAAACCUCGCCCAGAGCUGUCAGCCAGAUACCUUAUUCGCAGACUGUUCUCAGAUGAGGUCCUGAUAAGAAGCAAUGUCUACGGCCAUGUGACUCUUGGCAUAAAUCCCCUUAAUGCCAAUAAGAUUGGUGCUCUUCGAGAGUUCCUCCAGGAGGCCUUUCCAGAUCGUGACCUAUCAGAAAGUGGAAGUGACUGGAAGUUGUGUGUGACCGCUAUCAAUAGCUGUAUUCGUAGUCUCAGGCAUGACUGCAGGAAGGGCAAACUCAAGUUGACUCAGGAAACUAUCCCAACAGAAGAGUCAAGAGAUUCUGACUCAAGUGAUGAAAGCUCUUAAAUGUCAAUCAUUCAGCUUUUCCUUUAAACUGUAAUAUCUUUAAGUUUUCUAAGUUGAUAUUUUAAAAUUAUCUGGUUGUAAUGGUGAUAUAGUUCUGUAUUUACACUUGGAGACUUAGUCACUUUCCUGCCCACAGUAAAGGCAGAAUUGCAUUUGGAAGACAUGUUACACUUUAUCUCUUGAGCAAAAUUAUAGACACUGUUCUGAUGAGCACUUACUAUUAAUGGAUUUUUUAGGGCUUUAGUACCCAUAAGUUUUCAUACCUCUUAUUAAUGCAGGAUGAGGAUAAUAUGUUUAUUUCUCAGUGCCAGAUGAAAUCUGAGCAUCAGUGAAGCAAAUAUGUUUGAGUAAUUGGAUAGUCAAGCCAUAAUGCUUUGUGAACUUUUAUUAUUUGUCAAGUGAAUGGUCACUUACAGAGCUCUACCAUUUAAGAAUGGAGGUAUGGUUUACAUACCACCAAAACAUUCAUUGUCUGUCUUAAGUAUCCAUCAGAAGAUUCAUUGACAGUCAUAAUAAUGCUGUGUCAACUUCAUUUGUUAAGUGAAUGGUCAUUUACAGAGCUCUACCAUUUAUGAAUGGAGGUAUGGUUUACAUACCACCAAAAUAUUCAUUGACUUUGUUAUGUAUCCAUCAGAAGAUUCAUUGACAGUCACCAUAAUGCUGUGUCAACUCUAUUUGUCAAGUGCAUGGUCACUUACAGAGCUUUAUCAUUUAAGAGUGGAGGUAUGGUUUACAUACCACCAAAACCCUCAUUGACUGUCUUACGUAUCCAUCAGUAGAAGAUUCCUUGACAGUCAUCAUAAUACUGUGUCCACUUUAUUUGUCAAGUGAAUGGUCAUUUACAGAGCUCUACCAUUUAAGAAUGGAAGUGUGGUUUAUGUACCACCAAAACACUCAAUGACUUUGUUAAGUAUCCAUCUGUAGAAGAUUCAUUGGAUUGACAGUCACAUGGUUUGACUGAAGCUUUCUAGAGAUGAGACAAUAUUCUUUUGAUUACUCCUGAGAAUAGCAUUCUUUCAAUUACCUCCUGAUAAUACUUUAUCAAAGAGGUUUGCUAAUAGUCACAUAGAAAAUUCUGCCCAGAGGUUUUGAUUCCACUCAAGUAAGUUGUGAAUCACUCCAGUGAAAAAGAAUUGGACUAAAUUUAGGCACUAACUUUUGUUUUUUGUUUCUGAAAUGACUGGUUGAAGAUUUUCAUGUUGACAGUAUUUUUCUGAUUGCUUCUACCGUAUCAUAAGAUUCAAUUGCACACACAUUUAAAUCUGUGUGAUUUAAUGCUGACAGAAGUUUUGAAGAACUAAAAAAAUUAAUGCAUUCGGUUCUUGGGAUUUUAUUUUUAAUCAUUAAAAAAACUUUCUCAAAUUUUAACCCUCAAUUUUGAUACUUUUUUUGAGGUAACAUUUAAGACUGUCUUAAGAGUACAGUCUUAAGCUCUCAAAAUGUAUGUCACUAUGCCACGCCUACCUCCCAAGUAUCCCUCCACUGCAGUCCACUGGACUCUCAUCCCUCUCAGCCUCCUCCCCACUCCUGCCCACCUGCAACCAUAAUUUUCAGAGUUCAAGGUUUUCUUUGAUUUUUUUGAGUCCAAUUUUUUCUUUCUUUUGCUCUUCUGUUUCCUUACUUUGAAUUUGGUCCUCUCAUAAAAUAUUUGCCUUUGUUAUGCUUUUCUUGAAGGCAGGAGUCAAACCUAGCAGUGCUUGGGAAUCACUUUGAGCCAUAUCCCCAGCCCCCUUCUGACAGUUCCUUAGGCAUUUUAUUUCAAAGAAAAUUGACUAUUCAAGCAGUAGAAAAUACUGCAUAAUUUUGAUUUUUGAUCAUUUAAGAACAAUUUUAUCAAUAACAAUUGCCAUCUUUAAGCUUCAGCCUUUCAUUUCAUUACAUUUGUUUUAAUAUAAAGUAGGUUUUUGUAGUUCAAAAGUGAAUUAUUUUCCUUGGGCGAGUUCAGUCUUUAGUUAUGGUAAUUUGCAUAUAACACAUGGUCUUGUUUUAGAUAACUGAUGUUAAUUGGCGAAGUAAUAAGUAGGUCAAAUAGUAUAAUUUGAGUAACAGUAGGCAAGUUAUUUUUGUGCACUUUGAGACUUUACAAUAGUUUUAUAUGAAUAAUAUUUAGACUACAGACAUAUUUCAUAUUCUGUAGCUUUGGAAAAGUAAAUUAAACUUUAGUUUUGAGUACUUUAGUGUGUUGUAGUGUAACUCGUUCUGUAAAGAUAAACUAAAUGUUUUAGGUUUUAAAGAUUAGUCUUAAAAAAAAUUGCAGUUUUUACUUUUAGCUUAAUAAAACUACUAUUUUUACAUGACUCUUUAUGCUUUUAGAUCCCACAUAUCUUUAUACUUUAAGUUACCAUAGGUCUUUAUACCAUAGAUCUUAUACCAUUAAGAUACAGCAGUGGUCUUAAAAUGUAGAUAAUUUGAUCCCCCCAAAAAAACUUUCAUAGAGGCAAAAUACUUGAUCAAAAUGAUUCAAAUAAAUUUAUAUUUGGUUUUACCUUCACCAUUCACUUAACAAAUAACUGUACAAAUUACUGUUAAUAGAGCUAAUGUGGAAAAAUAAAGUUGUAGCCUGUGAAAGGUUAAAUUUCAGUUUUUGUAUGCAGAUUUCAGAUAGCAUUUUUCUUUUGUUGUCUGAAAUAUUCCCUGAAUUAGAAGGAAACUAAAAAGCUUAUUUUACAAAACUAAAAACUUUAUAUUGACAUUUUUUCCAAGUUUUAUAUGUGGUUAACUUAAUUAUGGUGGUUUCUUAAAUAAGUAGACUAACCCAUUUUCUACUAUGCUGGUAAUUUUCCAUAGUUUCACAUUUUCUUGUAUGGUAAGUAGUUACUAGGUAGCUAAAUAUGACUACAUCACUGGAAAUGUGGUUAAUUAGGGAAAUACAAUUUAAAUUUUAUCUUUCUGCCUUAUGUGGAUAGAGAGUUCAGUAUUGGAUAUCAUAAUUUAGAAUAUUUAAAGUGCCUAAAAUGUUUACCAUGAUUUGAAUCUUAUACAUGUAACUUAUUUAAAAUUACACUUGACAAAAUAAAUUUCAUAAAGUGCUUUGUAUUUUAUUUCAAACAAACUUGGAACUUUUAAAUGUAAAUUUUAUCGAUAUACUUGUAUUUUACAGUAAUUUGAAAUUUCCAGAGUCAGUCUUUCCACCUCUGUGUUAACUACACCCCACCAAAGUUGUACCCUCACACUAUUCAGAUGACUCUCUCUACUUGUUCCUCUCAUUCCACCUUCCAUUUCCCUCUGGUAACUACCAUAUUUAGAUUCCACUGGUUAUAAUUAGACCUUUUCUGUCUUCAAAAUUGUUUAAGCUUUUGAGUUUAUUUCCUGACACCACCAAAAUUGUGUUAUUGUAUUAGUACAAUAUUGAAAAAUUUAAA